GAGGCUAACAAACGCAGGCAGCCACCAUUUUUAAUUUCUUUGUUUAUUUUGUGCCCAUCUUCGCGUGCGAGCGAGACAGCGAGCGGCGGCGGCUGCGAAAGAGAGUGGGAGAGGGAGAGGCGGAGGAGCAGGAGUUUCCAAUGGAAAUGGGAUCGUUUCAGGGAUAAGCGACAUAUUCCAGCGAUGGAAGCCUCCAUGACCAACUCCUCCGGCGGAGGAGGAGGAGGGGGAGGAGGAUCUGGAUCGAGCGGCCCACCGGUGAACCACGCCCACGCCGUCUGCGUCUGGGAGUUCGAGACGCGCGGCGGCAAGUGGCUGCCCUAUUCCCCGGCUGUCUCGCAGCAUUUGGAGCGGGCGCACGCCAAGAAGCUCACCCGCGUCAUGCUCAGCGAUGCCGAUCCCAGCCUGGAGCAGUACCACGUCAAUGUGCGCACCAUGACCCAGGAAUCGGAGGCGGAUGUCGGUACGUCUGGACUCCUAACCAUCGGCGUCCGGCGGAUGUUCUACGCCCCCAGCUCGCCGGCGGGCAAGGGCACCAAGUGGGAGUGGUCCGGCGGGAGUGCCGAUUGCAACAACGACUGGCGACCCUACAACAUGCACGUCCAGUGCAUCAUCGAGGACGCCUGGGCGAGGGGCGAACAAACCUUGGACUUGUGCAACACCCACAUCGGCCUGCCCUACACCAUCAACUUUUGCAAUCUCACCCAGCUGCGCCAGCCCAGCGGACCGAUGCGCAGCAUCCGGCGAACCCAGCAGGCGCCGUAUCCCCUGGUGAAGCUAACGCCGCAGCAGGCCAACCAACUCAAGUCGACUAACGCCGCCAGCAGCAGCAGUCAGUACAACACGCUGCCCAAACUGCCCAUGACCAGGCAGCAGCAUCCACUGCCCACCAGCCAUCAAGUGCAGCAGCAGCAGCAGCAGCAGCAGCAGCAACAUCAUCACCAGCAGCAGCAGCAGCAACAUCAUCACCAGCAGCAGCAGCAGCAACAUCAGAUGCAGCAUCAUCAGGCGCCGCGGAAGCCGCCGAAGAAGCACAGCGAGAUCUCCACGACGAAUCUGCGUCAGAUACUCAACAACCUGAACAUCUUCAGCAGCAGCAGCACCAAGCAGACGGCGGCCAGUGCCAGUUCGUCCUCCUCGUCGGCCUCCCUGCAUCAUGGCAAUCAUGCGAAUCACCUGUCGCAUGCCCACUUCUCGCACGCCAAGAACAUGCUGACCGCCUCGAUGAACAGCCAUCACAGUCGCUGCUCGGAGGGAUCGCUGCAGUCGCAGAGGAGCAGCCGAAUGGGCUCGCAUCGCUCGAGAUCGCGGACGCGAACGUCGGAUACGGAUACGAAUAGCGUGAAAUCGCAUCGCAGGAGACCCAGCGUGGACACGGUGUCCACUUACCUCAGUCACGAGAGCAAGGAGAGUCUGCGCAGCAGGAAUUUCGCCAUUUCCGUGAACGAUCUGCUCGACUGUUCGCUGGGCAGCGAUGAGGUAUUUGUGCCCUCGCUGCCGCCAUCGUCGCUGGGUGAAAGGGCGCCGGUGCCGCCGCCAUUGCCACUGCAUCCGCGACAGCAGCAGCAACAGCAGCAGAUGCAACAGCAGCAACAGCAACAGCAGGCGCAGCAGCAACAGCAAUCAGCAAUCGCCGGUUCGAUUGUGGGCGUGGACCCGGCCAGCGAUAUGAUAUCGCGAUUUGUCAAGGUGGUGGAGCCUCCGCUGUGGCCCAAUGCCCAGCCGUGUCCCAUGUGCAUGGAGGAGCUGGUGCACUCCGCCCAGAAUCCGGCCAUCUCGCUGAGUCGCUGCCAGCACCUUAUGCAUUUGCAGUGUUUAAAUGGGAUGAUAAUUGCCCAGCAGAACGAAAUGAACAAGAACCUCUUCAUCGAGUGCCCCGUGUGCGGAAUCGUUUACGGCGAGAAGGUGGGCAAUCAGCCCAUAGGCAGCAUGUCCUGGAGCAUCAUAAGCAAGAAUCUGCCGGGACACGAGGGCCAGAACACCAUACAGAUUGUCUACGACAUUGCAUCGGGCCUGCAGACGGAAGAGCAUCCGCAUCCCGGUCGAGCCUUCUUUGCGGUGGGAUUCCCGCGGAUCUGCUACCUGCCGGACUGCCCGCUGGGGCGAAAGGUGCUGCGCUUCCUCAAGAUCGCCUUCGAUCGCCGGCUGUUGUUCUCGAUCGGACGAUCGGUGACCACCGGACGCGAGGAUGUGGUCAUCUGGAAUAGUGUGGAUCACAAGACGCAGUUUAAUAUGUUCCCCGAUCCCACCUAUCUGCAGCGAACUAUGCAACAGCUGGUGCAUCUGGGCGUCACGGAUUAGGAGAUUAAGCAA